UAGUAAACAAGUGUCCACAGCGCUUCGGAGAGCGAACCUCCGAUUCCAUCAGAACUUUGCCGCUAUUAUGUCUAAAAUAGAGAUGCUGAGGCUGCUCAUCACCCAGCGGCUCACGGCGGCAGCCGAGGAGAUCUUCGGGGUGUUCGGGAGAACCAUAGCCGAGUACGAGGAGGAGAUCUCCCGCUCCAAGCUGGAGAUCGAGCGCCAGCGCCGGCUGCUGGAGCUCUCCCUGCAGCCGGAGGUCUCUGUGCAGCUCCGCAGCGCAGCUCUCAGUGUGCAGCAGGAGUGGGGCUCCAGCCUCAAUGAGAUGAUCCCCUCCCCCAUCAAGGAGGAGGAGGAGGAGGAGGAGCUGUGGCAGGAGGAGAAGCCCCAGACUGUGGAGCAGAACAACGUCACCUUCCUGUUGUUCCAGAGUGGAGAUGUGGGAAACAAGCAGGACAACGAGCACCUGACCUCAGACCCCGACACCCAUUCAGGCACCUCGGUGCAGACCUAUCCCAAGCCGGAGGUGGCCCCUGGAAUUUUAGAUGCAGCUUCAGGUAACGGCCUGCUGGGCUGUGUGGACCUGGACUUGCCGCAGUCUGAGGUGGUGGACUCGUACAUCUGCACCAUCUGCGGCCGUGCUUUCGCGCAGCGAGGACACUGGGCCAAACACGUGCAGGUGCACCGCAAGGCAGAGAACAAAUUGGACAAGUCGUACACGUGUGACAUAUGUGGAAAGAAACUCACACGCUUUGACGGGUAUCAGAAACACUUGAGGAUUCACACGGGUGAGAAGCCAUACUGCUGCAAUGAAUGUGGGCGCAGAUUCAGCGACAACUCCAAUUACAAACGACACAUUCGCACGCACAUGGGACAGAAGACGCAGCCGAGCUGAGGCCCAGGCGCACGGAGGAUACAUACCCAUGACACUUGCAACAACACAGGCAAUAACUGUCCACAGUCAUUUGGAUGAAUAUGAAAACUCUUGUGUUUAUUAAUGCCCUUCCUCCACCGUUUUUAACUAUGCCCCUCUAAAAGCUUUGCUUUAUAAAACCCAGAACAAAUGAAAAGUAUGUGUUCCGCAUUCGAAAGAUUUUUAGAUUGAACUAUUAGUUUGCUUGUUUGAUAAACCACAUAAACUAAAACUGGGUUAUUAAAGCCGUUCAGAGUUAGGAAAAAAACACAGAACAAGAGAAAACAGCUCACCAUUUGAGGAGUAAUAACACAACUUUAAAACAUUUAUCUUGCGACCAAAUGUUAAUGUGGAUAAAUUGAUGAACAGGAUACUUGGAUUUGUUAUGAAUGUAUCCACGUUUGUGUGACCAUAACCCAAGACAAAGAAGAAAAUACAUAAUGUAUUUUUACAUCUAACAGAUAUGUAUACACUGGGGAAGCAGUGAAGUUGCACUUUACAAAACAUAUCUGACUGGUACACUUUAAUGUCAGUUUGGAUUCAGACUACCUAUAUUGGACUUUUUUAUGAAUGCCUGGGUCCAAGAUCUUUUUUAUAUGAUUUAAAUUGGGAAUGGUAGUGAGGCCGUUCGGAAAUACAUAUUUUGCUUAAAGGUGGGGUAGGUAAGUUUGAGAAACCGGCUCGAGAUACACUUUUUGUUAUAUUCCAUGGAAUGCUCUUAACAUCCCGAUAGCAAUGAAUAUCUUAAGUGCUUUGACAAAA